UGCAUUUUCAUUCCUAUGAGCAUUGUAGCCUUCAGUUCAGUGUCACUGUGCUCUAAGUGGAGUGGACAGCAUGCUUGCUCCCUCAGACAUUUCCACUAUGCAGUAAUUCACAACACACUCUCAUGGGCCAGAAGGCAAGAGUAUAUAUAGGCUCUUCUAACAUUUCCCUCACGUUCUGAGGCCAGUUGGGAGAUUUACUAAGAGGCACUUCUCCAGCAGACACUAUCCAGGAGAUGAAUUUCAUACGAGGCCUGGCUUUUCACGCUUUUUGGGGGCGUAUUUAUAGCAGCUGAGAUCAGGGCGGCAGAGGCAUGUGGGGUGGCCCUCUUCAACCUAGCCAUGUUAAGUGAUGCUGAGGCCGCAGGGGUGGAGCAAUGACAUGUCAUUCCAUUCUAAAUCCAAACCUCCAUGUUUAUGACAAUAGUAGCCUGACCAUGAGCCACAAAAUAGUGCGCACAGAGGCCUCUUUGAAGCCGUGCCCUUUUAAAUAGUGGACACAGAGGUGGUUUCAGGGCAGGAAACAUAAACCUGCAAGCCAAUAAGAUAGUCAGCUUUAGUAAGCGCUAGUGAGCUUGAGAUUAAAUGUUAUGCAGUUACAAGUAAAUAGAAGAUACACAUGUUUAGCUCAAUAUUGACCUAUAAAUAUUGGAUCUAAUAUUAUUUGGGCUCUAUUUAGAACAGAACUAAGCAUCAGGAAUAAAUUUGUGAUGUAAGUGCAUAGAGACUCAUAGUUGGACUCACUACACUUUACUGGAGUGGAACAGCCAAGGAGGGAAUGACUGAAUGAAUGAAAGACAUAAUGAUAACACUAUGUAAUGAACAUUAUAUAAUUGUAAGCACCAACCAGAUUAAACUUGUAGGCUAAUAUGUUUAUUUUUUGUUUUGGUUUGUGAUAAAGACAGACCAGCUGAGUAACUCCUGUCUAUGGCUUUGCUUGUAGUGGAAACCAGGCUAUCAUCUGUCCAGCACUACCUCUUCAGAACAGAUUAGUGUAAAUGAUCCUCAUUUCCAAUGGUAGGUAACACAACACAGAUUAUUAUUCUGUGCUACAGGGGUUUGUGUGGACUGUGGCAUGAAUCAUUAAACAGGUGACUGUAAUCCAUACAGACAGCUAGCUUCUUAGGGUGAGGGUGAGCUAUCAGAUGCUCCCUGGAGACCAACUGAACUCCUCUGCUUUGAAGACAAAGCUCAGAUUGCUCACCUUCCAACAAUUAAUUUGACAGUGGAUGACUAUGUCUAAAAUGUGAACUGAACUACAAAAAUGACAUUUCAUAAUUGGAAUUGGAAAUUAAAAUUGUUGUUUAACCUUUAAUGAAGAGCGAAAAGCUGUUGCCAAGUUAAGUACUGGACAAGAACAAUUUACAUGGCAGCAUCAAGUCCUCGGAGGUCCUUUAUGAGGAGCUAGUGCCAAGGAUUUGUAAUUUGGGUUUAAAUAGAUGUGAAAGAGUAGAGUGUAGGAAAUGCAGGAAAUAGUUGUGAGCCAAUAGAAUAAAAUAAAAAUUACAAACAUAAAAAUCUUAUCUACACUAUAGUGACAUUUAUUCCUGUAUAUUUACUUGAACAAAAUAAAAGCACCUGCUUAACAUUAAUCUGAAAAUCCAAGGCAGGGUGUUUCAGUUACCUAUGGCAACUGCGUCUGUGUCAACAGAAAUCUUGGACAGGCCAUCUCCUGCAGCCCAGGACUGUGCUCCACCAUUGGCUGGCUCAAUGAAUGACUUGCAAACUUGUCUAUCCAUUAUGCAUGCCAGUUUACCUUUAGUGCAUUCUUGAGCUCAUUUCCAGGUAAGCACAGCUGAGAGGUAGCCUGCCUGCACCAAGACCCGGAGUAUCCAAAGAAAAGCUCUUUUCAUCUUGUGCACUGGACUCAUCAAACCAGGGCCAGCCUGUGGGGAGGCAAACAUGGAGCUGAUAGGAUCCACUCUGACAGCCACAUAUGCUCGGCCAAAAACCAGCCACUUCCUCCCUGCCAUCUCCACCAUGGCAUCCAGCUAUCGCAACGCCCAGGCUGCCUUGGCCAUGAAUCCCAGUGCCAACCUGUGGAGGACCAAUGGCUAUUACAAGAGCAGCAGUACCGUCCCCACCCCCUCCUCCAUGCAGCGAGAGAAUUUAGAUCUGGUUCGAGCCAAGACCAUGUUCUACCCCUCUAACAGGGCUGCGCUGAGCACCCGCUACACUCCAGACGACUGGUACAAGUCCAACCAAAGCAACUACAGGGAGUCCGAGUCAUCUCGGAAAAGUGCAGAGAGACUGAGAAGAGAUACGAUCAGGCUGAUGCAGGAUAGGGAGCAGCUGACCAGACGAACCCAGGAAAGUACCAGCAAAAACAUUGGCGAGCGUCUCAAUGACAUUGUCUUCUGGAAGUCUGAGCUUAGCCAUGAGAUUGACAACAUGGUGACAGAGAUAGCAGCCCUCAACGAGGUCAAGAGGAGGCUGGAGAGAGCCUUGGCAGAGACCGAAGGGCCCCUUCAGGUGUCUCAAGAGUGUUUGUACCACAGAGAGAAGCGGAUGUCCAUCGAUCUGGUUCAUGAUGAUGUAGAGAAAGACCUCAUAAAGGAAGUAGAAGUCAUCAAAUCAUGUCAGGAAAGGAUGAGGCGACAUCUGGACAGAGCCAUUGCUCAGCUGGCUUCAAACCGAGCUGCUCAGCAUGAACUGGAAAGAGACAUAAGUGACAAAGUGACUGCUCAGAGGAUAGAUGACAGGUGUCACCACCUGAGGAACACAUCAGACGGUAUCAGCUUCUACAGAGGGAUUGACAGACUGGACCCCUCACUCUCUCUGCCAGACUCAUGGUCCAAGUUCACUGAUGACAACAUCCUGCACUCCCAGAGUGAACGCGCUUCCUCCCGCAAGCUCAGGGACGAGAUUGAAAUCCUGAUGAACACCACGUCCAACGAAAUGUGGAACCAGUUCAACAAUGUCAACGUGGCCUUCACAAACCGCAUAUCAGAAACCGCUGAUACUAAGAACAGCCUGCAGACACAUCUGGCUAAGACUCUUCAGGAGAUCUUCCAGACAGAGAUGCUGAUUGAGUCUCUGAAGAAGGCCCUCAGAGACAAGGAGUACCCACUGAAAGUGGCCCAAACCAGGCUGGAGGAGAGGACCCGCAGGCCCAAUGUAGAACUCUGCAGGGACAACCCACACCAUAGACUUGUGAGUGAGGUGAGAGAGAUCGAGGACACCAUCCAUAAGCUUCGGGAGAGGCUGAUGGAGGCUGAGAACACUCUGCAGACUCUGGUCAAAACCAAAGUGACCCUGGAGCAUGACCUGUCCAUCAAGGCCAACUCACUCUUCCUGGAGCAGGAAAAGUGCAUGAGCCUGCGCAAGAGCUUUCCCAGCAUGCCCCGUCUAGUGGGCUACACCUAAAUCUAAAGUUUUUAAAAAGGGGAGGCCUUCCAAAACCAAUUUAAUUAACUAUGAGCUGUGUUAAUGGUUUGAAGUGAUUUAGAGGGUGGUGUGGGCAGAAUUACUAAACCUUACAGGCACUGAUUAUAAACAAUGGAUUAUCUUAAUUUUGAGUAUUGUAUCAGUGAUGUACAAAAAUGAAAAUAAUAAAAAAUGUGAUGUCAACAAAGAA